AUGGCCAGGAUUAUGGCUAAUAUUGUCGACAUGCAGCAACAUCUUGUAAGCCAAUAUCAGACAGUUCAGAAUUCGUUAGAAGCGUUGAAGCUCGAGGUACAUACUUCCACGCAGGCAAUUCGAGAAGACCUGAAGAGAACUGAUGAUCGCGCACAAAAGCAGGCUGAUGAUCUGCGUGUCACCCACGCUAAUGAAGUUACACGGCUCAUGGAACUUGUUAAAAUGUUAGUGGCAAAGGACCAGGGUACUAGUGCUCCUCAGUCGCAACCCGCACCACCUGAGGCACCGCGAAUGACACCAGCUCAAAUAGCCUAUGCAAAUGCUGCUCCAGCAAGCGGUUUCUUUGGACCACCGGCUGGCUCCUUCAAUGAUCUCGCUGCUCAAGCUCAAGCACACUACGCGGCUUGCUAUCUACAGCUUCAAGAGCAGCAGAGAAUGCGUUCCGCUGGUAUGCAAUCAACAGGCUUCUUCGGUGGUCAAUCUGCCGUCAAUAUGGGUGGCGUUGGCAUUCCGGGAGCGUUUUCGCAAAGCCAACACGUAGCACCAAUAGUUCCUGCAACCGCAGCUGCUGCUCCAAAGCCGCCAACGGCAGCGCCAUUGGGUGCUGUGCCACCAAUAACAGCGCCUGCGCCUAUUCCUACUGCCAGUACUGGUUUUUCCGGUACAUUCACAUCUACUGCUCCUGUGUCAACAUCUGCUCCUUUGUCUUCGUCUGCUCCUCCAGUGACAUCCGCCCCUUUGAUGGCACCUACAACUGCCGCUUCUUCUGGUCUAUUCAUGGGAGCCGCAAAACCAGCACUCACUGUCUCCUUGCCCCUUUCCAAUCCACCACAACCACCAAAAUCGGAAGCGCCAAAGACUGUAAAAUCCGAAGCUGUUCCGUUCUCCUUCGGUGCACCUAGGCAUACUUCACCAACUACCGCGGCUCCGGCUGUCUCGGAAGCUGCGAAACCAGCCACAAACAUCUUUGCAGGAAUAAAGCCGACCGAGAAUGUGUUUUCUAAAACUCCGGAAACGAAGCCAAAGAAAGAAGGUGAGGGCGGAGAGGAUGAGGAUCACGAUCAUGUUGAGGAAUUCGAGCCGCAAGUGGACUUUAAGCCAGUUUGCCCACUCCCGGAGCUUGUACAAGUUGUGACUGGAGAAGAGGAUGAAAAGGUGAUUUUCGAGGAGCGUUGCAAGCUUUAUCGCUUCUCUGACGAAACGAAAGAGUGGAAGGAGCGUGGAACAGGAGUGAUGAAGGUGCUUGAAAACAACAGUACGAAGAAGUGUCGUGUAGUGAUGCGCAGAGAGCAGGUGUUCAAAGUAUGCGCAAAUCAUCAGCUGUUACCCGGUAUGACGAUUCAAGCGAUGCCGCGCCAAGAAAAGGCCAUGAUGUGGUAUUGUGAAGAUUUCUCCGAGGACCAGGGAACUCAUGAAAAGCUUUCGGCUCGAUUUGCAAGUGUGGAGGUGGCCAAUAAGUUCAAAGAGGUUUUCGAGAAUGCUGUUAGGAAUGCGGGACCUGUAGUGUCUCCAAUGAAGCCGACAAAGGCUGAAAAGCAAGAAGAUAAGUCGAAAGAUAAAGAUACUCAAGACGUGGAAGAAAAGAAAGUAGAAGAAAAGAAGGAACAAAAAGAAGCGGAUACCAAAGAACCGACUGCACAAAAAGGCUACGGAGACCAAUUCAAGCUACAGCCUGGACAAUGGGAAUGUCCGGAAUGUUAUUCUCGCACGGCUGCGGACAAGUGCCCCUGCUGUGGAACGCCUAAAGGAGGAGAAAAAGCGCCAGCUCCGACUUCUAAGUCGACUCUGCCUACCUCAAGCAUUCCUCUUGGUGGAGCUCCAACAACUGAAGGACAAAAAUUCACUUUCGGAUUAAGCGCAGCUGCAGCAGCUAAAGCUUCACCAGUAGUUCAGACUUCAUCAUCCGUUACACCAAAGUCAUCGCUGUUUGGAGCAUCUCUAACAACUGCUUCUUCUGGCACAACUCCGUCAGGUGGCUUUUCCUUCGGAACAAAACCGUCUAUAUUCGGUGGUGCUUCUGCAAAACCACCUGCAGAGGGAACGUCUCCGUUGCCUGCGUUUUCGUUUUCAAAAAAGCCUGAUGCUGCAACAACACCAACCUCUACUGCGGUAACAACUUCUUCGGCUCCAGUCACUUUCUCCUUCAAACCAGCUGGAUCUACGUCGACAACGCCUAGUAUGGGAGGUUCUUUGUUCGGUAGCAAACUUUUUGGAGCAUCAAGUACGGCUUCAACUGAGGAAAAGAAAGAACAGCAAAAGGACGAGAAAGAUGCGUCGGCUCAGCCUAAAACCGAGCAAAAAGUGUUUGGCAGUGGAUUUGGUGGUAAUCUAUCAUUUGCUACUCUCGCAAAAUCAGCAUCGGGAUCUAUCUUCGACUCUGCUAAUACGCAGAAGGCACAGGCAGAAUUUGCUGCUCAAGCAAAAAGCAAGGCUGGUGUCGUUUGCUCUCUCGCGGUUGCGGCAGAUCAAUCGAAAGGUGACUCAACGAAGCACAAAGAUGGCGGGGAAGGAGAUGCAGAGCGAGGCGCCGAUGAAGAGUACGAGCCCGAUGUACACUUUGCUCCUGUGGUUCCACUUCCAGAAUUGGUAGACGUAGUUACCGGUGAAGAAGAUGAGCAGGUCGUGUUCGUUGCUAGGGCGAAACUUUUCCGUUUUAUAAAGGAAACCAAGGAGAAUAAAGAACGUGGUGUUGGCGAUCUCAAGAUCCUCCGCAAUCCUAAAACUAAUGCUCAUCGUGUGGUGAUGCGCCGGGAACAGGUGCACAAAGUUUGCGCUAAUUUCGCCAUUCUGCCGAGUAUUGAAUUGAAUGAAAAGAAGGGAAUGCCGAAUGUCUACAAUUGGAUAUGCCGCGAUUACUCGGAGUCACCUGAUGGUGUAGACGAGAUAUUCACGGCAAAAUUCAAAACACCUGAAAUUGCUAAGGAGUUCCAUGAUAAGUUUUUGGAAGCAGCGGCAGCGCAUCCGAGUGCCUCCAAGUAG